CACAAUUUUCAGGUGACAGCUCGGGAAACUAGACAGUUCACUGUUUCGGUACGCAAGGAUACUCAUGUCUUUUGAUAGAAAUUGCUUCUCCAAAUAUUGUAUUUUUAAUUAAGUAUACAACGGAAUAGUUUGCUAUCCUCCGUCAGUGCUUUUAUUGUAUAGUCAGGUAAUUAUCUAUUUUGAGCUGGCUAAACAGUUAGCCUACUGUAGUAUAUUGUAGCCUACAUCUAGCUUUCAAUCUUCGUUGAUAAAAGGAAUUGAUCAGAAUGUCUGACUCCACGGUGGACGGAAAGUCGGAGCUUAAACAAGCAAGCAAAGAGGUAAAGGAGAGCGAGAACGUGGCGGAGAAAUACUCAGCCAUGACAGUGAGCAAGAAUAGCGAAAUGACCAUGGGCGAACUAUCCUCUUCUGCGUUCAGCGCGGUCCCUACCCACAAGCCAGUCAAAAAGCAGAUCCAGUUUGUGGAGGACAAGCAGGAGUUCCAAAGGUUUCCUACCAAGGCUGGACGUCGCUCCCUGUCCAGAUCAAUCUCUCAGUCAUCCACUGACAGCUACAGCUCAGCUGCCUCCUACACAGACAGCUCCGAUGACGAGACGUCCCCGCGGGAGAAGACGCAGCUCAACUCCAGAGGUUCCGGCGACUUCUGCGUCAAGAACAUCAAGCAGGCGGAGUUCGGCCGCCGAGAGAUCGAGAUCGCAGAGCAAGAUAUGUCAGCGUUAAUCUCUCUCAGGAAGCGAGCUCAGGGGGAGAAGCCAUUGGCUGGGGCCAAAAUUGUGGGCUGCACCCACAUUACCGCGCAGACUGCAGUGCUGAUUGAGACUCUGAUGGCGCUAGGGGCCCAGUGUCGCUGGACAGCUUGUAACAUCUACUCCACCCAGAACGAGGUGGCUGCUGCCCUGUCAGAGAGCGGUGUGGCUGUUUUUGCCUGGAAGGGCGAGUCUGAGGAUGACUUCUGGUGGUGCAUCGAUCGCUGCGUCAAUAUGGAGGGCUGGCAACCUAACAUGAUCCUGGAUGAUGGAGGGGACCUGACCCACUGGGUGUAUAAGAAGUACCCUAACGUGUUCAAGAAGAUACGAGGCAUUGUGGAGGAGAGUGUUACAGGGGUCCACAGGUUGUAUCAGCUGUCUAAAGCAGGCAAGCUGUGUGUUCCAGCCAUGAAUGUGAAUGAUUCUGUGACGAAGCAGAAGUUUGACAACCUCUACUGCUGCAGGGAGUCCAUCCUGGAUGGGCUGAAGAGGACCACAGAUGUAAUGUUUGGGGGGAAACAGGUGGUUGUCUGUGGUUAUGGAGAGGUUGGAAAGGGUUGCUGUGCUGCCCUGAAGGCCCUGGGAUCCAUCGUCUACAUCACAGAGAUCGACCCCAUCUGCGCCCUGCAGGCCUGCAUGGACGGCUUCAGAGUGGUCAAACUCAACGAGAUCAUUCGCCUGGUGGACGUCAUCAUCACAUGCACCGGAAACAAGAACGUGGUGACCAGGGACCAGCUGGACCGCAUGAAGAACGGCUCCAUCGUCUGCAACAUGGGUCACUCCAACACAGAGAUCGACGUGGCCAGCCUGCGGACCCCUGAGCUCACCUGGGAGAGAGUCCGCUCUCAGGUGGACCACGUCAUCUGGCCUGACGGCAAGAGGGUCAUCCUGCUGGCUGAGGGUCGCCUCCUGAACCUCAGCUGCUCCACCGUCCCCACCUUCGUCCUGUCAAUCACCGCCACCACCCAGGCUCUUGCCCUCAUCGAGUUGUACAACGCUCCAGAGGGCCGUUACAAACAGGAUGUUUACUUGUUGCCCAAGAAGAUGGAUGAGUAUGUUGCCAGCCUGCACCUGCCCACCUUCGACGCCCACCUGACGGAACUCUCCGAUGAUCAGGCCAAGUACCUGGGCCUCAACAAGAAUGGACCCUUCAAACCCAACUACUACAGGUAUUAGUGGGCCACUGUCCACCAUCAGGACAAAACUACCAAAUGGUCAAAACGUACGAUAGAAUGGUAGAAGUAUUAAAAUAUAUAUUUUAUAUUUUGUAUUUUAAAGACGUUUCCCAAGAGGCACAAUAACACAAUAUUAUGUAUUUGAAUUAAGCAGUUGAAUAGUCCUGUCGCCACACAGUGAGUGUCCUCCUGCUUCACUUGCUGUUCCGUGCUCUGAAAAGAAGAACAUACUUAGUAAUGCUUACACACAUGUACAUAAACACACACCUCCACAGCAGCUAGACUGAUAGGACCUCUCUGGUCAUGACUGACCAAUUACAGUACAGUACCUAAAGCCUGCUGUCUACUUGAGGUAUUUCCUUGCACACACAUACUGUAUCUCUACUGUAUUUACUACUCCCUAGAGUAGCCCUUUUUAAUCAAGAAUUUAACUGUUAGGGUACUUACUAAGUGUUAAGAGUAUAUAUUAUAAUGUUAAUAUAUUUGUGCCAAAUGAUUGUUAGGUGAAGGGGAAAAUUGUGGUAAAGAUGCACUUGCUUUUUGAUUUGAUGUCCCUGCAUUCCGAGUAUUUAUUCCAGGAGGAUGAGGCAAUGACCUCUUCAUGGCAAAAGACUCACGGCGUUUAAUACACUUUCUUCUCCGCUUGAACAUUUGAAAUCCGACACCUCUGUCUUGUCGUUUUGAGAUGUAGAAAUCCAAAGCUGUGCAUUUGUGUAAGUGAUCGCUGUGUAGUGGAGCGUUGUCUUCCCUGGGUAGAUGUACCAAGGUGGUUACUGUACAUACAGCAUGUGUUUGUACUGUGUUUUCCAUGCAGCUCCCAUUUGGCUGGUUCAUAGUCAGUGUUUAGGACUGUGAUAUAAAAGCCUUGGUAUAAACAUGUACUGUAUGCAUAGAAUGGAAGUGUAAGUGCUGGUUUUCUGUGUACCAAUGUCACAACCUCUCGAUCAAAAACUAAAUCAUUCAAAAUGGUUUUUUUCCCCAGAGAUUUUCUGACUAAUAGAGAAAGAGUUGCCACUUAUCCGUUUUUAGUUUUUAUUAUUCACAAAUCUAAUUCUAUUGGGGUUGCAAAAUCUGUUUGGUUUUGAAUUUACUAAUCUUUUUCAUAAUACUGUUGUUUUGUGGUUGUUGUAGUGUUACUUUGUGUGACUUAAUAUUUUAACCCUCCUGAUCACCAUGUUGUCCUUCAGUGAUGUGUCUGCAUCCACAUCCAUGUUGUCACACCGUCAUCACAUAGGCAGCAACUCGUACUAUCAUCGCUGUUAACGGAAGAGAGACUAUACAUCACAUUUUAUAGAUUUAAUUUCUGAAAAAUCACCCGCCAGGCUCAGUAGGGCUAGCUCUCAGAGGAACCCAGAAGGACUCAUGCGUAAGUCCUCCACUCGCGUAUGUGAGAACUGAGGGGAUUGCUUCGGUUUCAGAUUCUUUUCUCAUCCUCUCACUGCUUUGGCAUAUGAAAAAUACACUGAAAAGAUAUAUUAGCUAAUUCUACUGUGAAGUGAACUGCUUUUAUAUUUGCACUAUAACCAAGGACUAUCGAGGAUGAGGUUGUUGGCAGGUAUGGGUGUUGUAACUAUGGUUACCGGUCCAAUGACAGUGCCUUGUGACUCAUUAACUUGUGUAUAUUCCAUCACUCAACUGGAUACUGUUCCCUACAGUAUAGAAUUGCCCUUCAUGGUUCCUACUCUGCAAUAUAAUGGCUAUGCACCAACAUGGGCAUACAUUUUUAGUGUGAAGGCUUUUUAGUUGUUUAUGGUACCAAACGGUUAUGGCUAAGCAUUUUGAUAAAAAUGUUACAUGAGUUAUAACAUGACAUACAGGCACAGUUUUAGAUUCUUGGGAAACUAACUGUGAAUGUAGAGACUAGUUUGGUAUUGUGUAUGUUAUUUGGUAUUUUUAAUGUACACUGCCCCCCUUUGAUGUUCUAUUCAGAUGCACCACCUAAAGGAUGUCAUCAAGUUAAUGGUUCAGAAUAUUUGCCUUCAUAUGCAUUGGCUUGAUUAGAAUGCCUAUGAUGUCAAAUUAAUAAAAUGUUCAUGUGUCGUUGAUGCUGUCAAAACCAUUACAAUUAAAUGAAUGUGUCAAACUGACAAAUAAUGCUGGUUAAAACAUAUUUAGUUGGAAAACAUUUAGUUUUUGUUCACAAAGGUGUAUAUUUAUCUGUGCAGUGAGCUGAUUUGAUGUGUUCAGUCAAACUAUUCAAGUAACUUGAAUAGUUAAAAGCAACUGUUCCUGUGAUUUCGGGGUUGUAAAUGUUGCAGGUUCUGUCUUAUUCCCGCAUAAUUUAUCUUCAUUUAUCUGUUGGUUGGUGUGCACUGAUCCCUUUAAUAAACUUUUGUGUCUGAAA